AUGGCCCAGGCCCUGGGUGAGGACCUGGCGCAGCCCUGUGAGCUGCAGGAUGACUCCAGCUCGCUGGGGUCUGACUCAGAGCUGAGCGGACCAGGCCCAUAUCGCCAGGCUGACCGCUACGGCUUCAUUGGGGGCAGCUCAGCGGAGCCAGGGCCAGGUUGCCCUUCUGUAGACCUCAUCCGCCAAAGGGAGAUGAAAUGGGUGGAGAUGACUUCGCAUUGGGAGAAGACCAUGUCUCGGCGGUACAAGAAGGUAAAGAUGCAGUGCCGGAAGGGCAUCCCUUCAGCCCUGCGGGCCCGGUGCUGGCCCCUGCUGUGCGGGGCCCACGUGUGUCAGAAGAACAGCCCGGGUACUUAUCAGGAACUGGCUGAGGCCCCAGGAGACCCACAGUGGAUGGAAACCAUCGGCAGGGACCUGCACCGCCAGUUCCCUCUGCAUGAGAUGUUUGUGUCACCCCAGGGUCACGGGCAGCAGGGUCUCCUGCAGGUACUCAAGGCCUACACCCUGUAUCGGCCGGAACAGGGUUACUGCCAGGCCCAGGGCCCUGUGGCUGCCGUGCUACUCAUGCACCUGCCCCCGGAGGUGAGUGCCCUCCCCUCCCCCCAGGAGGCCUUCUGGUGCCUGGUGCAGAUCUGCGAGCUCUACCUGCCUGGCUACUACGGGCCCCACAUGGAAGCCGUGCAGCUGGAUGCCGAGGUGUUCAUGGCCCUGCUGCGGCGGCUGUUCCCACGCGUGUACAAGCACCUGCAGCAGGUGGGCGUGGGGCCCCUGCUCUACCUGCCCGAGUGGUUCCUGUGCCUCUUCGCCCGCUCCCUGCCUUUCCCCACAGUGCUGCGUGUCUGGGACGCCUUCCUCAGUGAGGGUGUGAAGGUGCUGUUCCGCGUGGGGCUGACGCUGGUGCGCCUGGCGCUGGGCACCGCAGAACAGCGCCAGGCCUGCCCGGGGCUCCUGGAGACGCUUGGUGCCCUUCGAGCCAUCCCCUCCCCCCAGCUGCAGGAGGAGACCUUCAUGUCCCAGGUGCACAGCGUGACCCUGUCCGAGCAGGACCUCCAGCGGGAGAUCAAGGCCCAGCUAGCCCAGCUGCCAGAGUCGACAUCCGGGCCACCCCCGCGGCCGAAGGCCCGCCUGGCCGGGGCCCAAGCCAUCUUUGAGGCCCAGCAGCUGGCAGGGGUGCGGGGAGGCACCAGGCCCGAGGUGCCCCGCAUCGUGGUGCAGCCCCCGGAAGAGCCCAGGCCGCCCCGGCGCAAGCCCCAGACCCGAGGCAAGACUUUCCAUGGGCUCCUGACUCGGUCCAGGGGCCCCCCCAUUGAGGGCCCCCCCAGGUCCCAUCGAGGCUCCACCUCCUUCUUGGACACCCGGUUCUGAAGGUCCCACCUCUGAGGGUACCAUGGACUCGGUGUCCCUGGACCCCAGUCGCCUGACCGGCUGACGCCACCUCACAGACGGGCACCGCACUUUAUCGCUGGGAUUUAGUGGCUCCGUUGCCUUCUCCCUGUCAGCAAGUGUACAUGAACCGAGAGGUGUCGGCUACAAAUAAACGAUGACAAUUUAUUCAAAAUUCUUAGAGUUUGCACACCAGAAACAUGAGUAGGCAGUACCCGGAGCGUCCCGAGGAAAGAAAAGCGGAGCGUUCCGGCGUGAGAGGCGCCUUCCCGAGAAGAGCGGGCCCGCGCCGGCAGGCUCCGGGCGGCAGGAGAUGGCCGCCUGCCAGAUGCCGGGCAGUCUGGGCACGCGGGCGUUCUUUCCUAAGUUCUUCAUCUGUUCCUAAGGCCUGUAUAUAGGAAUUUAUAAAUCUCCAGGCGUUGAUGUGCAAAUGAAAAGUUCACGAGUUUAAGUCCUCAGGCUAAAGUAAAAUAAUUUCCUCAUGAACCCGCUGUGCCAGCUAGAUGGUACAGACUCCGUUUUGAGUCAGCUUAGCUAUACCGGCUUCAUCUUGUUUUCUGCACUCGUUCCUCACCACCAACUAUGCCAGGCGCAGGACGAAGGAAGGCCACAGACAGGGGCGCGGGGGCCCAGGCCUACCGUCAGCCCACAGAGCUGCCCCCUUGCAGACCCAG